CAGAAAUUAAAUUUAACACACAUGAUUUCACACUGGUUUCCUCACACAUGACACAAUUACAUCAAUGAAAUACAUUACAGGAAGUCACACACUCUGAAACAAGUUCAUGCCACGUUCACAUACACUACACAUAUCACAAAUUUAACAUUGGAAGACUGUAACAUUUCCACGUACAAACACCAAACACAUCAAAAUGUUCAGAUUGUUGAAUAAAUUAAAGUUCCAUCGGGUGAAGGUGCCAUGCUUGCCCACUCCUUUCACACGCCAGCCUGUAAGAUAUAAUAUGUGUGGAGGAGGAAUGAUAGAAGACACUGGUUUGAUAUUAGGGUGUUACUGUGACUAUCACUUUCCAAAAGCGAUCGAACUGACUGAAACGUCAAAGCUGUUCAAUAUUGAAAUUGAGGGCAGACUUUCAGAGGCACUAAAAGCCACUGGUCCUACUCCAAAAGAAGGAGAGUACAGGAUUAUUUAUAAUCUGCACCCUUUAUAUUCAGCCAUUGCAGUCGUCGGUCUCGGAGAAGGUUGCUAUACGUACAAUGACAUGGAAGAGAUGGACGAAUACAAAGAAGUCGUCCGUAUUGCCAGUUCCGUUGGAGCCCGAGCGCUCCAAGAGAUAAGAGUAAGAACAGUACACACGGAAAGCUUCAAUACAGCAGAAUCUGCUGCUGAAGGCACCUCGAUGGGAGUGUGGAUGUUUCAAGAAUUGAAAAAUCCCAAUAAACACCAAACGAUCCCCAGGCUGGAACUUUAUGGAAGCUGUGACUAUACAGGCUGGCAAAUUGGAUUGCAAAAAGGCGCAGCACAAAAUCUGGCAAGGCAACUUGCAGAAACACCACCGAACAUCAUGACACCUAUCGGGUUCGCCCAGGGUGCUGUUGACAUUCUAACAAAAGCUGGAAUCAGCGUGGAAGUUAAGGUGAAACAAUGGGCAAAAAUCAUGGACAUGAAUGCCUAUUUGGCAUCGGCGUCAGGAUCUUGUGAACCGCCAGUAUUCCUUGAACUCAGUUACUACGGUUGCGAAGCAGAUGUCCCUCCUCUUAUACUUAUCGGGAAGGGUGUGACAUUUAACAGUGGAGGAUUGUGUUUGAAGCAGUGUGAGGACAUGGGAGUCAUGCGAGGUGACAUGUCUGGAGCUGCCAUAGUUGUAGGAGCGAUGAGAGCAGCCAGUGCGUUGAACUUGCCGCUUAACAUUAGAGGGCUCAUACCUCUUCUGGAAAACAUGCCUGGCAACUGUGCCUUGAAGGCAGGUGACAUAGUACGUGCAAAAAACGGAAAAACGAUCCUCGUCGAGGAUACCGAUUUCGAUGCAAGACUGGCACUGGCUGACACCAUGUCCUACGCUGGCAACUACAAUCCAAAGGCCAUAGUCGACAUCGGAACUACAUCGAGCAACACGAUUCACGGUUUAGGGCGUGGUGCGACUAUCGGUUUCUCAAACAACGACAUCAUGUUCGAGUCGAUGAGAAUAUCCGGAAUGCACACUGGAGAUCGAGUCUGGAGGUUCCCCCUCUGGAAAUUCUACCAGUACAAACUGCAGAAUCCUUUCGCCGAUACGGCCGACACCUGGGUGAGCAGGAACUACAGCGAUCCGUGCGCGGCGGCCGCCUUCCUAGGCGAAUUCUUGCCGCUGGGCACAGACUGGAUCCACCUCGAUAUUUUCGGCACGUUCACGACCGAUAACGAAAUCCCCUAUUUGAGAAAAGGCAUGUCAGGUCGUCCAGUCAGGACGAUCGUGGAAUUCUUAGCUCAACAGGCUUGCCAGCACAACGAGGCUGAAGUCCAGGCCACGGGCGGUGGUCAUAUGACUCUCUCUUGUGCUGGUGGUGAGAGUGAAUCUAAAAAGAAGUAAAGUCAAUCUACUCGACUCUUAAUUGACCAUCCCUUAUACAUCCUUUAGUUUUUGUGUCCCCUGCAAGAUUUUGUAGCUUUGCUGUGUUUGGUAGCAUUUUCAUACUUAAUAAAUACAAUAACAAACAAUA